AUUUGAUCACAGGACAUUGCUAGCAAGGCCAAUAUAUUUAUCGGCUAUGGAGUAAGACAUUACCAUUAUCAGUCAAGAUCUUUACUAGAUGAGACAAAGAAAUCUGUAUGCUUGUGAUAGAAUCCUGAUUCCAACAUAAGCAUUAAUGGCACUGUUGAUAACCGUGAAGAUCGAAUGAAAUGAAUGGAUCCAGAGGCUCUACUAGAAAGCAAAUAGGGAAAUAAUAAACUUCUAGAGACCAUGUUGCUACAUACUCAUUAGUUGCUUUUCCGAAGCUCUUAUUCGUGUGUUUUGAAAUUUAUAGUCUAUCUUAGUUUAAUUAGGCUGUUAUCAACUAUAAUUGAGGACUUUUACCUGUGGUUGUGUUGUGAGAUAGGUUAAUAUAUUAUAUGUGUUCUCCUCGAAUGUUGUUGAGGGUAAAGAGGGCCAACUCAAGUUAGCCCAAUCCUGUUGGCUCAAUCUGGGAUCAAUUUGGUCUGUGGUUUAAGGGCGAGACAAUUGAGCUCCCUGUGAAUCAUGUAAAGAGCUCUCAAUCUGUGAGAUCACUGACUAGGCUCACGUGCCCCAUAGAUCGAGGAAGCUUCCCAGUUCAUACAGCGGACUAUCUAUCUCAUGUCUACGAUGCUGUAUAUAAAUCUCUCUCACUCCGCGCUCUUCCCCGCCAUGGAGCACCAUCUCGGCGUCGACGACUCCUCCACCCUCGACUUCUUCCCCCACCAACUCCACGCCGCCGACUUCGAGUCCCUCCUCGCCGACCUACCUCCGUCAUCCACCCCUCCUCUCCAUUAUACCGCCGUCGAACCGACCCUAUCCAUGCCCCUCCCGCCGGCCCCGUUUGCCGAGUCGUGGCCACGGGAAUCGGCGGGCGUAUCAUCCGAGGCGGAGGAUCAAGCCGUCGGGCGGCGGUACCGUGGCGUCAGGCAGCGGCCCUGGGGGAAGUUCGCGGCGGAGAUCCGGGACCCCAACCGUCGGGGGUCCAGGAUCUGGCUCGGGACCUACUCCACCGCCUUGGAGGCGGCGAGGGCGUAUGACCGCGCCGCCUUCCGGAUGCGCGGCUGCAGGGCCAUCCUCAACUUCCCCAACGAGGUCGGUAGAUCCGAGCACCGGCACCCGCCAGUAACAGAUAACGGGGUCGGGGUCGGAAGAGAUGGUGGCGGCGAAGAUGGAGAAAGCAGCGGAGCCGCGGGAAUCGAAGGCGGCCGACGACCCGAAGGGAACCCUUUCGCUGUUUAGCUCCACAGGCCGUAACGGCGAGCAGUUACUCUCUCCCGUGGGAGAUAGAAGUGUCAUCGAAAUUACAUAUAUACCAUCGUUAUCGUUAACUAGACAGGAUUUCUUUUCUUAUUUCUUAUUUUAUAUUAUUUAUAUUUAAUUUUGCUUUUGUUUUGUGCGUUUCUUUAUUUGCAACGUUGGAACAAAAUAUUUAGAGUGA